UGUCUUCCUUUACGCGUUUCACUCUGACUCAUGUGGUCACUUUGGGAUUGUCUUGGCUACUGUAAUAGUUACAUUGUAACUGUUAGAUUUAUUAUACAGGUCACUUUGUCUCUGUGGAGAACAUUUGCAUGGAGGGGGGACACACGUCAUUUCCAUAAACUUAUGUCCCAUCAUCCUGCAUUGCUUAUUUAUUAUUCCGCGUCCUGGAUCCGAACCCUGUGUUGGUUUGUGAGCCAUUACGCACACUUCACCUACUACUUCAUCCUCCAAGCAUUGGAAACAUGUAGGUUGGAAGCGUGACCACAACCGUCCGAAUGGCACAGUGACCCCCAAUCCAUGCUGGAGGGUGGGUGCACACCUCUGCCCAUCGGUCCGGAUUUGCACCCUGUUUUUUAUUAUGUUUGGAACCGUUUGUUACUUAUUCCCGUGAAUGUUAAUGGAUGGCAUUGCGAGUGCACUGGGUUAGGUUUGGUUUAACAAACAAACAAACAAACAAACAAGGUCUACCAGGAAGCAUUAUCCGGCGCCCAUGAUAUCUCUGGCAUUUAGUUCGAUGAUGAUGAUUUGUCUCCUCGACACAAGUGAGAACUAAUGAGCUUGUGUAAUCUGGAUCACACCGUUGUGCAACAUGCAGGACAUUAAGAAAGAGCUGUCCUACAGUGGAGACGAUGACCUGGUCUUAGCCAUGGCUCUGCAAGACACAGACAGAGACUUGAUCAAUCAGAAGCUGCCCGGCAUGCCCUUCAAGGUCAAACCAAACACGUGCCGCAGAAAGCGGGAGUUCAUCCCGGAGGAGAAGAAGGACACGUUGUACUGGGAGCGGAGACGCAAGAACAACGAGGCGGCAAAGCGUUCACGGGAGAAGCGGCGGAUCAAUGACAUGGUGUUAGAGAACAAGCUGAUGGUGCUGGGCGAGGAGAACGCGUCACUCAAAGCUGAGCUACUGUCCCUCAAGCUGAAGUUUGGCCUGUUGAGUUCGGCUGCCUAUGCUCAGGAGGUGCAGAAGAUCGUGUCCUGUACUAACGCCUUGCACCAGGAAUUUUUGGCCCCUAAUGAUGCCAAAAGCUCCUACUCCAGAGAGGCUGAGCCAUCGUGCCUGAGCAGUAGCUGCAUAUCGGUUAUUAAGCACUCACCUCACAGCACCUUAUCAGACGGAUCUGACUCAAGCACUAUGAACACAUGCAGGACACCGGAAAUCAUCAAACAAGAGCCACUGGAGAACAGCAAUUACCCUAGAGACCGAGCCAGUCCGUAUGAACUGUACAGAAAUUACCUGAAUAGUCCUUUCCCUGGAGGCUACUCCCAGCCAAAUCCAUUCCUGCAACUUACCAGGUCAUCGAGUAACUCGCCCCGGACCUCUGACGGCGAUGAUGGGACCGUGAGCAAGUCAUCAGAUGGAGAAGACGAACAGCAGGUCCCUAAAGGUCUGGUACCGUCUACAGCCGACCACAAAAGCGUCAUAGUCUCUGCUGUAAAAGUCCCAGACGCCAGUGCCUCGGCUCUGCCCCACAAGCUGCGCAUUAAAGCCCGUGCCAUCCAGAUCAAAGUGGAGGCUAUCGAUCCUGACUACGAUUCAUCUGGGAAGUUCUCUUCCCCCAUCGACAUGUCUGCACGGGCAUGCUACCAGAUGGGUCAGGGCUCUCCACCUGAAUACACUCAGUCAUCACUCAGCCCACUCUCCCUGCAGGUGAACAACGUCCAGGACUGGAUCCAACAACCCGAGUACUGGCACAAAGACCAAGCUCAGGCAAAUGGCUACAAGAACACACUUUGUCCUGACUCACCCGGGGCUGUGACUAACAAACUUGUUGUAGAUCUUAAGGAUGGCUGCUAUGCCAUUUCUGAGUCGGAGAACUUGUACUUGAAAAAAGGCAUUGCCGACCUCUCGGCAGAAGUGGACUCCCUGAAAAAGUUGAUUGCAACGCGGCAGGGUUCUGUUAUCGAGUCCACCAAAAGCACUACUGAACAUGACUUGGUAUCUAAAGGAUGUUACUCAAACUGAGGCUCCUCUGUUUGCACAACACCUGUUUUCCACUGUAUCUGCUACUACACCGUUCCACUCAAAUGGUGUCUAAAAAGCUGCAGUUCAUUGAGAUGAAUAGUGGUUUUGUGCACUUUCUGUUUGUAGAUUGGCACGUCCUCGCAGUGACUCAUUCUGCUGGCAAAGAAGCCAAAAUGUUAGGUUACAUUCAAAAUUGUAUGGCGUCUUCUUUCAAAUUUGUUGUACAUUACAUUUUUUUUUGUUUACAAUCAAUGUAUGUAAGCACUGAAGCACCAUUUUGUCUUUUUCACCUACAUGAGAUGUACUGAAAACCACAUUGUACCAUGAAAUGUCUAUCGAUUUUAGAAGGGACUGCAGACCUGGACUGUCGGUGCCUCCUUAAUACUUUGUUUUUACUGUGCCAUUUCUAUGGAGGUUCACUGUUUUUACCCUGUGUUCUUUUUCAGGAACAAUAGGUAGCAUUUUUCAUGUUGAUAAACUGUCAAUAAAAUUACUAUUGAGAAAUGA